AUGGAAGAUGGACAUCGAGCACGUCGGCCAGGCAUCGUGGUCACGGACGGCGGCUGCUCGGUGGUGGCCGAUGCUCAAGGUGCCGCCAAGGCGGUGGAGGCAAUGAAGGCGCACCUGGUGGACGUGGAGGUUUGCAAGAUGGGUGCGGCUGUACUCUACGCCAUGGUGCAGAAGACUGAUCCGGCCUCGCCGGAGCGGUUGAUGAUGCGCACCACCAAGGCCCAUCAAGUCUUGGUCGAGGCACUUCAGCACCACCCGACUGACAGAGUCCUGGACCGCGCGUGUCGCGUGACCAUGCCUGAGCUCAAGGGCUGA